AUGAGAAUUCAUAAACUCUCUCCUGUGUUUCUGUGCUUUGUUGUUAUUCUAGCACUGGUUCAUGUUUCAAGUUGCCGGUGCAUCAGCCCGCGUUGUCCUAGAAGUGAAGAUUCGGCGUCAAGACUAACAGCAAAGUUUUCUUCUCUGUUUGCCCAGCGCCUUAUUUCUGGCUCUCGUUCUUCUGCAGGAUUUGGAUAUAAGAAGAUCAACCAAAUAAAUGCUGUUGCUCAUCAAGCUGUCCCUAGUGGACCAAAUCCACUUCACAACUGA